AUGGCGAAGUUAUCACAGCAGAACCCUAAGAACACUUCAAACAAUGGUACUACCAGUGUAAACAAUCCUGGCAUGAAACCGAAACGUACUAGGAAAACAAUCCCAAGAGACUCUCCAUCUCAACGUAGUUCAAUUCAUCGAGGGGUCACAAGGCAUCGAUGGACAGGGAGAUAUGAAGCACAUUUGUGGGAUAAGAAUUGCUGGAAUAAAGCACAAAACAAGAAAGGAAGACAAGGUGCCUAUGACGAUGAAGCAGCAGCUGCACAUGCUUAUGACUUGGCUGCACUUAAAUACUGGGGUCCAGACACUAUUCUUAAUUUUCCGCUGUUAAUGUAUGAGAAAGAACUGACGGAAAUGGAGGGUCAGUCCAGAGAAGAAUAUAUUGGAUCAAUAAGAAGGAAAAGCAGUGGCUUUUCAAGAGGAGUGUCCAAAUAUAGAGGAGUUGCAAGGCAUCAUCAUAAUGGAAGAUGGGAAGCUCGAAUUGGCAGGGUCUUCGGCAACAAAUACCUUUAUCUUGGGACAUACGCUACCCAAGAAGAGGCUGCAGUUGCAUAUGAUAUGGCAGCAAUUGAAUAUCGAGGUCUUAAUGCAGUUACAAAUUUCAAUCUUAGUCGUUACAUCAAAUGGUUAAGACCCAACAACAUCACCAAGCCUAACCCUGACCCUAAUCCUGCCACUACUAAUUUGGCACCAAGCACAACCCACAGCUCGGAAACCUCAGCCCAAGACCUCCACUUCCAACCACCAUCAGAUGUGGCUCACGCCACCUCAUUUGAGUCCCGACCCACCACUGCCACUUCUGCACUCGGGCUUUUAUUACAAUCUACCAAGUUUAAGGAAAUGAUGGAGAUGACCUUGGCGGCAGAGUCUCCCCAGCCACCAACAGAGAUGGAGCUCGAGCCUUCACAAAUCAGCAUCCCUGAAGAUAUAAAUACAUAUUUUGACACUAGGGAUUUCUCUACAUACGAUGAUCAAGGGGAUGAUAUACUUGGGCAGCUCAACUCAUUCAUGCAGCCUAUGGUUCAGUUUGACUCAAUGCUUAAUGGGGAAGAUUUAAUGAUAUAA